AUGUCAGACACAGAGGAGGUCACCGAGGAGUAUGAACAGGAGCAGGAAGAGGAGUGCGUGGAGGAAGUUAUCCCAAACCAGAAGCUGCAGGGAGCCAGGGAACAGCACUGCUGGAUUCACCCUGCCCCUUAUUCCACAGGUCAGGAAGAGCAGGUAGAGGAGGCGGAGGAGGAGACCCAAGAAACCAAGGCAGAAGAACAAGAAGAUGAAACGAAAGCAGCAGGAGAAGGUGGAGAGGGAGACCGAGAGCAGGAGCCUGGGGAAGGUGAAUCGAAGCCAAAACCCAAGGUCUUCAUGCCCAACCUGGUGCCUCCCAAGAUCCCAGAUGGCGAGAGACUGGAUUUUGAUGACAUUCACCGCAAGCGCAUGGAGAAGGACCUGAAUGAGCUGCAGGCCCUCAUUGAAGCCCACUUUGAGAGCAGGAAGAAGGAGGAAGAGGAGCUCCUGUCCCUCAAGGACAGGAUUGAACAGCGGCGAGCGGAGCGGGCAGAGCAGCAGCGGAUCCGCAGUGAGCGGGAGAAGGAGCGCCAGGCCCGCGUGGCCGAAGAAAGAGCUCGCAAGGAGGAAGAGGAGGCACGGAAGAGGGCAGAGGAGGAGGCUCGGAAGAAGAAGGCAUUCUCCAAUAUGCUGCACUUCGGCGGUUACAUGCAGAAGUCAGAGAAAAAGGGUGGGAAGAAGCAAACGGAAAGGGAAAAGAAGAAGAAGAUCCUCAGUGAGCGACGGAAGCCCCUGAACAUCGACCACCUCAGCGAGGAUAAGCUGAGGGACAAGGCCAAGGAACUGUGGCAGAACAUCCAUGAUCUGGAGGCUGAGAAAUUUGACCUGCAGGAGAAGUUCAAGCGGCAGAAAUAUGAGAUCAAUGUCCUUCGAAACCGCAUCAGUGACCACCAGAAAGUCAAAGGAUCCAAGGGUGCCCGUGGGAAGACCAUGGUGGGCAGCCGUUGGAAGUAG